UCUUCUUUUUUGUGUUAAUUUGCUUCUCUGAGUUUUCCUCCUGAGAAAAUUGACGAAGAGAAGGAAUUCCAGGAAGAACUUCUAGUUUAAGAUUUCAAGAGAAACAACAGUGUUUAGGAGGCACAUGACAGACAGACAAGUUUAGAAGGUGACUGAAGGCAAGACGGAUAGUUAGGGAAAAGCCUUAUCGAACUAAGGCUAUAUAAGAUGCAAGAGAUAAGAUUCUACUGAAACAAUCAGUAACCAAAAUAAAGAGAUUGGGAGAGAGGGUCAUCAUUUUGUCAAUUGGCAUGGGAUUCGAUCAAAGUGUUGCUGAACCACUUGACCCUAUAGAUCAAACUCAUCUAGCGUGGAACAUUACUGUGCAUUCCCUUUCUGAUCUAUCUUAUAUAUCCCCUGUCGUAUUCUUAUACCUCCUAAAAGAAUGUUAUGUUCGUGGCACGUUGAAAGCAACUAAGAAGUUUCGAUUUCUUCAGCAACAAGUUCAUCUAGUACUUCAUAAUGGUCCCAGACCUGGACCAGCUACAUUUGUUAUUCAUUGCCUAUAUGUCUUGCCUAUAUUUGGGAUAUAUAGUGAGGGAUUCAGUCACUUGAUUACAUCAGCUCUUCAACGUUUUCUGAAAGUAGUGAUAACCUCGGCGGACCUUGACAAGGCAAAGGACCUAGCUGCUCAGUUAUUUAUGGAUAUUGUUGAAGGAUUCAUUGAGCAUGAUGAGAGGAUAAUUGUUAAGAUUUUACAGGUAUUUGAUGUUCAAUUGACCAACAUUGAGAAAGUUCUGCAUGAAUCAAAGGCGAAAAAUAGGUGUUUCUCUGGUUCAGCCAAAGACUUUGUUGAACGAUAUGUUUCUGAGUUAAUAGAAUCUCAGUCUUACGUGACAGCAGUCGAUCUGCUAGAGCAUUUUUCUAUUUACCAGUCUGGGGAGUCUCUUCUCUAUAGCAUGUUAGAGAAAAAUGAAUUCAAAGCAGCUGAUAAAUGGGCCACAUUUAUGGGAAAGCCAAUGUUAUGUCUGCUUGUCCAGGAGUUGUUAGAUAGAAACAAGGUAAAAAGUGCGUAUGGCAUUAUAAAGAAAAAUGAUCUUCAGAAGGAACACCCUGAUGUCUAUCAGAAGUGUAAAGAAAGCUCCUUGAAGAAAUUAGCGGAAAAAGGAUGCUGGGAUGUCGCUGAGGCAAAAACAAACAGCAAUAGACAAUUUCUUGAAUAUCUGGUUUACUUGGCAUUGGAGGCUGGUUACUUCGAAAAGGUUGAUGAACUUUGCAAUAGGUACUCCCUUACAGGUUUUUCGAAUAUCAAAGAACGUGAGAAAGUUUUUGGACAGAAUCACUAUUUGAACCUUAAUCAACUAAUUUCUGGAGAUAUAUUAUGGGUUGAUAAAGCCGAUGAUCUACAUCGCGCAAUAUGCCAUAUUGACGAGUGUAAAGUUGUGGGUGUUGAUUGUGAGUGGAAACCUAACCAUAUAAAGGGCAGCAAACCGAACAAGGUAUCUAUUAUGCAAAUUGCUUCGGAGAAAAUGGUUUUUGUCUUCGACUUGAUAAAGUUAUACAACGAUGUCCCCGACAUCCUGGAUAAUUGCCUGACCCGCAUCUUACAGUCUUCUAGUAUUUUGAAGCUCGGUUACAAUUUUCAAUGUGACACAAAGCAACUGUCCCAUUCAUAUGAACCAUUACAGUGUUUCAAACGCUAUGAGAUGUUACUGGACAUUCAAAGUGUAUUUAAAGAGCAUCGUGGAGGUCUAUCUGGGCUGGCGAAGAAAAUCUUGGGAGCUGGAUUGAACAAGACAAGAAGAAAUAGUGACUGGGAACAGCGCCCCUUAACAGUGAAUCAGCUAGAAUAUGCGGCUCUUGAUGCUGUCGUGCUCGUCCAUAUCUUCCGACAUGUUCGAGAUCAGUCGCAGUCAUCUUUGACCACAGAGGGGGAAAAAAGACUCGAGUGGAAAUCCUUUAUUGUCUCUCACACGGAUAAAGCCACAAAACCGAAACCGAAAAAGAAAAAAAGCAAAAGCAUAAAGGAACCAGAAGUUGCAACCAACUUGUUAGGAUCCUGAUAUGGUACACUUCUGCCCUUAUUGUACAGGUUCAUUUAGAUCAGAAUUAUAUGGUAAUGUUCCAAUUCCUUGUUUUUUUCCAUUAAAAGUAUUAUGUAAAUAAUCAAACAUGGUUGCUUAUGUGAUUAUGGAUGCAUGCAGGAGGGUUUCUGUGUUAAUGAUCUCAUUCCCUAUAUAAUUUCCUUUCGCAUGGGAAGAGUGGGGAAAAUAAAGAUCAAGAAAAUUGCUAAAAAUAGAUUAAUCAAUUUGUUCAA